UGACCUUGGGAAGCCGAGUUAUGGCUUGCCUUUGCAGGCUCUUGCAAGGAGCAGUGCUACCUUCUGGGUGUAUUUACUUAGUGUUUGGAGAAUGCAUCAGCAGAGAAUAACAUCUGGGGCUGCAGGUGGAGGACUCUGUGGGACCUGUUACGCUAACUGAUGCUUCUGUGUUUCCAGGUUUGAGGCUUGGAUCCGCUUUGGAAGUAACAGAGUUGUUGUUGCAUUGCUAUAUCUACAAGCAGUUUUUAAUGUGCUACUGUUAUUACAAAUAGGAAAAAAAAUAGGAGGGAAGGUGGGGAGCUGAGACAGGGGAGAAAUAUUCCUGGCAGCUAGCCUUAGACAUGUGAUGGAGACUAUGCUUCUAUAAUCAAUAGAAAGGAGACAAGUAUCUCUACACCUCCAGGAAACAGACUUCACUCUGAAGUGACUGAUAAACAAGUGUGAAGCAUGAGGAUCAACCCUGCUAUUCAGGCUGCUAUCGACCUCACAGCAGGAGCUGCAGGUGGGACAGCAUGCGUGGUGACUGGCCAGCCCUUUGACACCGCAAAGGUGAAGAUGCAGACGUUCCCUGACAUGUACAAAGGAAUUGUUGACUGUUUUGUGAAAACCUAUAAGCAAGUGGGGUUUCGAGGCUUCUACAAGGGAACCACACCAGCGCUUGUAGCCAAUAUCGCAGAGAACUCAGUUCUCUUCAUGUGCUAUGGAUUUUGCCAACAAAUUGUGAGAAGAAUUGUUGGAGUAGACAGGAAAACAAAGCUCAGUGAUCUGCAGAACGCUGCUGCGGGCUCCUUCGCCUCUGCCUUUGCCACCCUUGUCCUCUGCCCAACAGAGCUGGUGAAGUGCCGGCUGCAGGCCAUGCAUGAAAUGCAGUUGUCAGGAAAGAUAAUCCAGGGACACAAUACAGUUUGGUCAGUAGUGAAGGGUGUUAUUCAAAAGGAUGGUCCCCUUGGAUUUUACCGUGGCCUGUCAAGCACUUUGCUGCGGGAAGUCCCAGGCUAUUUCUUCUUCUUUGGAGGAUAUGAACUGAGCCGGACGUUCUUUGCCUCUGGGAGAUCAAAAGAUGAAUUAGGUCCCAUUCCUUUGCUACUAAGCGGAGGUUUUGGAGGCAGCUGUCUGUGGAUUGCUGUGUAUCCUGUGGACUGUGUCAAAUCUAGAAUUCAGGUUCUUUCAAUGGCUGGAAAACAGACAGGCUUUAUGGGAACAUUUGUAACUGUUGUGAGAACUGAAGGUGUGCUUGCCUUGUAUUCUGGACUAAAGCCAACUAUGAUCCGAGCAUUCCUGGCCAAUGGGGCACUGUUCCUUGCCUAUGAGUACAGCCGCAAACUUAUGAUGAAACAAAUAGAUUCUUACUGAUACCUUCUAGCAGAUGGAGAACAAAAGGUUGUUUAAGGAUCAUUUAAAUAAAUGAUCAAAAACCUGUAGAUCACAUCAUGGUCUGAGCAGGGCCAAAUCAGUGACCUAAUUCUAGGAACUCAACUCCAGUUUAGGAUUUGUAAUCUUUUAAAUUCAGGUGAUUUUAUAGAGAUGUGUACAUGCUGCUUGAAUUAGACCAGCAGAACUAUCUCCAUCUUGCAGAUUCUGCAGUAGGUACAUUGCAUGUAAUAAAUAUAUUUUCCUGACCUGUAAUGGUGCUAAAAAGAGUUAUGUUGACCUGUUGGGUUUAAUGUAACAUGCAGCAGUAGGCUGUGAUUUGUUUAAGGCAAAGCACUGUUUUAACAUCUGUGCUGUGGUGGUUAACUUUCACAGUUGUUGCUGGCAAGUGUCUGACUCAAAAUAACCAGUCCUGUCUAAUCUGUCAGUAUGACUGAUUCAUACAUAUCCCUCAGGUAGACUGCUGUCCUUCUCCAGCUCCCUUCUGCUCACUUUCCAAGGUCAUGGCAAUUGGUGUCUGACUUGUGUACUCUGUCCCAGUGAACGGGCUUGUAAAAGUUGGAAGUGUUCACCCCCUACCUCAUAUGACUUAGAGCUGAGAUAUCUCUCUGCAUUUGAGAUAAAAACAUAUAGCUACUGGGUUUAAGGAGUCCAAGCAGCAUUUGUAACAAGUGGGUGGCAGCACUUUAUUAUUUUCUAAAUCCUUCCAAGAAGCGCUGGAGUAUACUAAGCACCACUGAAUGAAACACUUAAUGUAAGGGAGACUGCUGGAAAUAGCUGCUGGCUCAGAGCACAGAAUUGUAACUUUGUGCAGGCUCCUGUUUGGGUCACCUUGCUAUGAAUGAGUCCAUGUGUUUGAAGGACAGGAAGCUGAAGAGGAGCAGAAAGCCAGAACUGAGUUCUUAAAGACAGCUGACACCAUGGUCUCUGUGGUGUAGCACGCACUUACUUGGGCUGGAGUCCUGCCACUUGCUGUGUCUCUUUAGCUGAGUGGAAAGAGCUCAUAUGACUGGAUCAUUCAUAUCACCUUUGGACAUGCCUGCUUGGUCAUGUUACUUGAUUAAACAUGCAGUUAGUCAGUAUUUUCUAAAAUGAUGCAGUAACACCUAUUUCUAGAUGCCACUUUUAUUCUUGAAGUAGGAUGUUCUUUAUGCCUUGUAAGAAGCAGCUACUGCCUAUCCUGGGAGAAGGCAAAGCAGGUCUCAGAGCAACACAAUUCAUGACUCAGGCCUGGAGUUGUACAGAGGGAUGUUGUCUGCAUGCUGUAAGUGACAGCCCACCCUGGGAGGCACAGGCAAGCUGCCCUCUGGGGUUAGCAGAGCUCUUUUACCCACCAACAUCAUUAGAGCUACAUAGCGAUUGGCAGCUUGUCACAGCAGCCACAACUUGUGAGUGACUGACACCAGUCACAGCUGGAACAGCUCAGUUUUGCAUGUUAGAGCUUCCAUUUUGGACCCCAGAAAUGGGAAAAAGCUUUAGGCAUAGGUGAAAACAUCUCAAUACCUGCUGCCUCUUGUGGUGUAGCCAGCAUGCACUUAAACUGGCUAUUCCACUGCACUGUUAAGUCUUUUUCUUUGAUGAAAGGUGGUUGCUGCAGUUCCACAAGCUCUUCUUGCUUCCCCCAGCCUUCACACACAGCAGGAAUUGUUCCUCUUCCUUUCAUACACCGAUGAGAAAAAGCAGUUACAAGCAGGGCAUGGCUGAAGAACCUUCAGUGUCUGUGGCACCAAUUUGCCUUGAUUGACCAGUACACUAGGGGCAGUAAUACUGUGCAUCAUCAGUACUUUAAAAGGAAUUUAUGCCAAAUGUUUAAAUAAUUCAGGUACAGGGGUGAGGCUUUAAGAGUUGUUAGACUUCCCCUUCUUUUCAAAGUUGUCUACCCAAGAGAAAUAGUAUAUUUGUAUGUGUUUCUAAUAGUUAUGAAAAGGUGAGGACUGACUCCACAUCAGUGGAAUACUUCAAUCUAUUUCUUAGAUUUGUCUUUGCUUUCAUUUUUUAAAGCUGAUGGUUACAGUUUUUAAUACAAAAAUUGAAGCUUCAAGAGAAGCAGGAUAUUUAGAACUGAACCUACAGCAAGAAGCUGGUGGCUGAAAUAGAC